UUGUUUAAGCUGCAUAUACUUGAACCUCUCCACUAUAAAGUAUCUACAAACAAUAAAGGUGACAUUCACACAAACGUAACUCACAUCUUCAACUUGGCGGAGAUCUCCCAUAAAUUUUAAGAAAAAGAUGAGUGCUAAUUCUUCAGCAACUCCCAGCACCAAAAGAUUAGAAGGUAAGGUAGCAUUAAUAACCGGUGGUGCGAGUGGCAUAGGUGAGAGCACUGCAAGGCUUUUUGUUCGACAUGGUGCAAAGGUCCUAAUAGCAGAUGUCCAAGACAAGCUUGGCCACUCAGUCUGCGAAGACAUUGGCUCUGAUUCCAUCUCUUACAUCCAUUGUGAUGUAACAAAUGAAUCUGAUGUUGAAAAGGCUGUGGACAUGGCUAUAACCAAGUAUGGAAAGCUUGAUAUCAUGUUCAACAACGCUGGCAUUACAGGCAACAUUGAAUCAGGAAUUUUAGAAUCUGAAAAUGAAAAUUUCAAAAGGGUUUUGAAUGUCAACGUUUUCGGUGCUUUCUUGGGUGCCAAGCAUGCUGCUAGGGUUAUGAUUCCAACUAAAAAAGGAAGCAUUCUCUUCACCUCAAGUAUAGUUUCAGUUUUGGCCAGUAAUACUUCACAUGCAUACAAGGCAUCAAAGCAUGCUGUGGUGGGACUGGCCAAGAACUUGAGCGUGGAGUUGGGACAGUAUGGAAUAAGAGUUAAUUGUGUGUCUCCCUUUACAGUUGGAACUCCUAUGGUAAAAAAAAUUAUAGAGAUGGAGAAAAAUAAGGUGGAGGAAGUGGUUUCAUCAUGUGCAAACUUGAAGGGAGUAGUAUUGGAACCUGAAGAUAUUGCGGAGGCAGCGUUGUAUUUGGGGAGUGAUGAGUCUAAGUAUGUGAGUGGGAUGAACCUGGUUGUUGAUGGGGGCUAUAGUCUUACCAAUCCAAGUCUCUCAAACACUCUGAAAAGCCUCUUUUCUUGAUUUGCAUAAGUUGCAACUGAAGCCCCCAUUUCUCAAUUAUGUUGGUUCGUUUUAGUGUUAUCCUAAAGAAUGAUGUUGAAGUCAAUAAAGCUUCUAAUUUAGUGGCAUUAGCAUUGAUUGUUCUCCUUUAUAGAGAAUCGGGACUAGAAAUGCCCUGCAUCAUUGU